UUAAAAAAUAUUCUCAGUUUACACGCGUAGAAUAUCCAUUUUCGUCCCAGACGUAAAAUACAAAAGACGGGUGUAAAGUUGCCGGGGUAUUCAAUCUGAUAUCCACAUCCACAUCUCACACCCCACACCAAAAAGAGACAAUUCACGAUGCACCUCGCACGACUGCCCCUCCCCCGCCCCGCCGCCCGCGCCGCCAUCCGACACCUCUCCACACGCUCCCCUCCCCCGCCGCCGCCGCCGCACCAGCCCCAGCCCACAUCGUUCACCGCCAAAGCCUCGCCGCGCCAGACCCUCUCCCACCCCGAGGAGAUCAGGGGUAUGCCCCCGCUCAGCCCUCGCGACGCCGUCAACAAGGGCAAGGCUGAUACCGUCACUGUCGGCGAGAGGGGCAAGGGCAGGGAUGGGAAGGAGGUCUUUGAGGCGUUUGAAGGGCCGAGCAAGCCGAGGUUGAUUUAUGAGCGGCCGGGAGGGAGGGAGUUGCCCAAAGUCAGGGGAACGGCGCCUUUCGUCAUCGCACUCGGUCUCCUCGGCUUGGGCUGGGGUCUUUUCAUCCUCCACGCCACCAACUCGGAACGCCUUUCAUCGUCUGUACUCCGUCAGGCGACUUUCCAAUUGCGAAACUCGAAAGAAGUGAUUGCGCUUUUGGGUGAAAACGUCAGGUUGGUGGAAGAGUGGUGGGCGUUGGGAGCACCUUGGAUCUCUGGAACUAUCAACUUGAUGCAAGGCCGGGUCGAUUUGAGCUUUCGAAUAAGAGGCAGCAAGGGCGCUGGAACUGUAUACUUUACUUCCAUCAGGCCCCAGGAGCAAGGUGCUUGGCGAAUAGUCCGAUACAAGGUUAUCGCAGACGAUGGACAAGUGAUCAGGCUGGAAGACCAAGCAAUCAGGCCCGAGCAAAAAGGUGCAAAAUAACGAAAACGGCCGAGUGUACAAAAAUUCAUGCAUUUUCCAU